UUCUUAUCUCAUCCUAUGGUUCGUCCAGUGUUUUAUAUUUCGUUUAUGGUAAGGGACGUAUAUUAUCGUGUUAAAUAUGACUCAGUUAAUAAGAAAUUCUGUUCUUUUAUUAUUCACGGAAGAAUGUUUAGAUGAAUAUUUUGACGACUUAAAUUUUUUUCACGUUGGGUGUUUUAAAUCGACGCUGAGCAAAGUUUUAGGUCUUGCCAUUAUCAGUGGAUCUCUUCUUGUUAAAAUACCACAAAUUGUAAAAAUUCUUAGAAACAAAAGUGCAGAAGGUAUUAAUGUUUUUAGUGUAUUAUUGGAUUUAUUUGCCAUCACUGCAAUGGUAUCUUACAGUUUUAUAAGUGGUUUUCCAUUUAGUUCAUGGGGUGAUGGAGUUUUUUUAGGGUUACAAACAUUAGCAAUUGCUGUUUUAGUUUUACAUUUCAAUGGUAAUACAGCACAAGCAACUGCAUUCCUUAUAUGUUAUUUAGCAAUAUUACUUGCUAUUAUCAGUGAAUUGACUCCAGUUAAUCUUCUUUGGACUUGUCAAGCGUUAAAUAUACCUAUUGUAUUAAUUAGUAAGUUAAUUCAAGCUUAUACAAAUUAUAUUAAUGGAAAUACAGGACAAUUAUCAGCAGCGACAGGUUUUUUGUUAUUCUUUGGAUCUCUUGCUAGAAUAUUUACUUCUAUUGAAGAAACAGGAGAUAUGACAAUGGUAAUAAUGUACAUAUGUUCCACUACUGCAAAUGCUAUAAUAGCUGCUCAAAUUUUGUAUUAUUGGAAUAUCGAUACAAAGAAUAAGGGUAUAACAAAGAAGGAUCAAUAAAAUAAAUUAAUAAAAUUUGUUGUACUUUAAAAAUAAUGCAACGAAAUGAAAUGUAUAAAUGAAUGAAUAUAAAUCAAACAAAUUCUCUUAUAUUCGUAAUACAAGAUUUAUAUUUUAAUUAUUGUUUAUAAAUUUAUUUAAAAUGAUAAGUUAUGAUCUUAAAUUUUUUAUAAAUUAUAGUGUCUUAAAAAAUAUUGAAAUAAAAAUAAUAUGGAAAUA